AAGCCAAGGUUGAUCCGAUGGGUGUUACUGUUACAAGAGUUUAACUGGGAAGUCAGAGACAAGAAAGGGACGGAGAACAAGGUGGCUGAUCACCUGAGUCGCAUUUACCAAGGUGAGACGGAUGAAGCAAUACCUGAUGCGUUCCCGGAAGAACAUCUUUAUCAGGCGAAUGCAGAGCCAUGGUUCGCUGAUCUAGCAAAUUACUUGGUCACUAGAGAAGUGCCCAGUUCCGACGAAAUUUCCCGGGCCCAGAAGAUGAAAUUAAAAAGUGAAGCCAAAUACUACUUUUGGGACGAUCCGUAUUUGUGGAAAAUGGGAGCUGACCAGGUAAUUAGGAGAUGCAUUCCGGAGUGGGAGCAAAGGGAUAAUUGCGAAAGGUGUCAGCAGAUUGGAGGAAUUUCUAGAAGGGACGAAAUGCCACAAGUUCCGGUGAUUGUUUGUGAGAUUUUCGAUGUUUGGGGUAUGGACUUUAUGGGUCCAUUUCCAUCUUCAUAUGGGAAUACAUACAUACUUGUGGCGGUGGACUACGUUUCGAAAUGGAUAGAGGCAAAAGCUACGACCUCCUGCGAAGCUGUGGAAGUAGCCAAAUUUCUGCGGUCUAACAUUUUCAACAGGUACGGGAUCCCUAGGGCUGUCAUCUCAGACCAAGGAACCCAUUUUAAGAACCGUACAAUAGAGGCUCUCAUGAAGAAAUACGGAGUCCACCAUAGGUUGUCUACACCUUAUCAUCCUCAGUCCAAUGGCCAGGCAGAAAUAUCAAAUAGGGAGAUCAAGGCCAUUCUCGAAAAAACGGUGAACCCGUCUAGGAAGGAUUGGAGUAAGAGACUGGAUGAUGCAUUAUGGGCUUAUAGGACAGCUUAUAAGACACCUAUUGGUAUGUCACCAUAUAGGUUGGUAUUCGGAAAAAUGUGCCACUUACCCGUGGGAAUCGAACACAGAGCAUACUGGGCGGUCAAAGAGAUCAACAUGAAUCCGCAGGCUUGUGAGGAAGAGAGGAAGAUGCAGCUCCAGGAACUGGAAGAGUUACGGCUUGAGUCUUAUGAAUCUGCCAUGUGGUAUAAGGAAAAAACUAAGCUUUGGCAUGAUAAAAAUCUCCGGCAAUAUUUCUGUUUCUUGGACGGAUAUAGUGGGUAUUUCCAAAUUUACGUGGACCCCGAGGACCAGGAGAAGACAACUUUCACGUGUCCGUUCGGAACGUAUGCAUAUCGGAGAAUGCCGUUUGGCCUUUGCAAUGCACCAGGCACUUUUCAACGAUGUAUGAUGAGUAUUUUCUCAGACCUGCUGGAAGAUUGCAUCGAGAUCUUUAUGGACGACUUCACUGUAUACGGGGAUUCAUUUGAUUCAUGUCUGGCGAGCUUGGAUGUAGUGCUGAGAAGAUGUCAAGAGAAGCACUUGGUUUUGAAUUUCGAGAAAUGCCACUUCAUGGUCCCUGAAGGAAUUGUCCUGGGGCAUGUAGUAUCGGAAAGGGGCAUACAGGUGGACCAAGCAAAAGUGGACGUGAUAUCAAAACUGCCCCACCCGACAAAUCAAAAGGAAGUGAGGGGAUUCCUAGGUCACGCAGGAUUCUACAGGAGAUUUAUAAAGGAUUUUGCCAAAAUUGCUCAGCCACUCACUCAUCUGUUGCAUAACGAUGUUGAGUUUGUUUUUAAUGAGGGGUGCAUUAAGGCUUUUCAGCUGCUGAAGGACAGAUUAGUAUCUGCCCCCAUCAUCAGAGCACCUGAUUGGGGUUUGCCGUUUGAAAUCAUGUGCGAUGCGAGUGACUAUGCAGUAGGGGCGGUGCUAGGUCAAAGAGUUGACGGAAAAAGUUACGUGAUUUUCUAUGCUGACGGAUAUAGUGGAUACUUCCAGAUCUAUGUAGAUCCCGAAGAUCAAGAGAAGACUACAUUUACUUGCCCUUUUGGCACUUACGCUUAUAGAAGGAUGCCGUUUGGGCUGUGCAAUGCGCCAGGCACUUUUCAACGCUGCAUGAUGAGCAUCUUCUCGGAUCUGCUGGAGGAUUGUAUCGAGAUUUUCAUGGAUGAUUUCACCGCAUAUGGGAACUCUUUCGAUUCCUGUUUAGCAAGUUUGGACGUAGUAUUGAGGAGAUGUCGAGAGAAGAAUUUAGUCCUCAACUUUGAAAAAUGUCACUUCAUGGUACCCAAGGGAAUCGUCCUGGGGCAUGUAGUCUUAGAGAAGGGCAUACAGGUGGACCCAUCAAAGGUCGAUGUGAUUUCGAAAUUUCCUUACCCUACGAAUCAGAAAGAAGUUAGGGGAUUCCUAGGGCAUGCGGGGUUUUACAGAAGAUUCAUAAAGGAUUUCGCGAAGAUUGCUCAGCCGCUAACCCAUCUGUUGCAUAAUGAUGUUGAUUUCGUUUUCGGCGAGGAGUGUAAGGAGACUUUUCAACUACUGAAAGAUAAAUUAGUAUCUGCCCCUAUUAUCAGAGCACCUGACUGGAGUCUGCCGUUUGAAAUAAUGUGUGAUGCAAGCGACUACGCAGUGGGGGCGGUACUAGGUCAAAGAAUCGAUGGUAAAAGUUACGUGAUCUUCUAUGCCUCGAAGACACUCAACCAGGCCCAGAAAAACUAUGACACCACAGAAAAGGAAAUGUUAGCCGUUGUGUAUUCAUUCGAGAAAUUUCGACCAUACUUACUGGGGUCGAGAGUGAUUGUUUUUACCGACCACGCGGCUAUCAAGUACUUGCUGGCGAAGAAGGAGUCCAAGCCA